UUACAUAAAGAUAUUUCGUGUAAUUAUAGGAUAUUUAAAUGAUUAAUAGAAUCGACGAAUUAUUUUGAAAACUCUUUAAGAAACUUCAAUUAUAUUUUCGUAAAACGUGAUUCAGAUAUUAAUUGAAGAUCUUAUUUAGUUUUUGGGUGUCCGUCUGUCCAUUCAGCCUGGAGAGAGAGGCAUUCAAGCUCCACAAUGGAUUCAAAACGGCAUGACCGCAGCUCCAAGUCCAAUACAGACUCGCCACCUGCACCACCUUCACCUCCCAUGUAUAGUGCAUCGUACACAACGUAUGACGGGUACAAAAACAGAUUGUCGUCGCGUCGAUCACCUUCACCUUCGGAGUAUAGAAGCAGUAGAACUUCCCGAAAUGAUUCGCCACAGGAUAGACGUAGAAGAAGACGUAGUACAUCAAAAUCUCCUCCGAGUCGAUCGCAUAAACGAUCCCGAUCACCCGAUAGAGACAAAGAUCGAGAUAGGGAUAGAGAUCGUUCACGAAAAUAUUCUAGAAGAGACAGAUCGAGAUCUAGAUCGCGAGGAAGAUCACGUUCCAGAGAUAGAAGGCGUAGUCGUAGUCGUAAUAGAAGUAGAGAUAGACACAGAGGCAGAGAAAGCCGUCGAUACCAUAGAGCACCAUCGUACGAAUCAGAUACUGCUGAAGAUAAUAACGAUACUGGCGUAUCGCAACCAGUUGUUCCUCUACAAUCUAAUGCUUUCAAAAACGAUGGUAGCUUUAUGGAAAUGUUCAAAAAGAUGCAGGAACAAAUGCAGCCUGCGCAAAAACCGACGACUUCUGUUUUGGAAGAGAAAACUGUUGUUCCUCCACCAUUGAUGGUGGGUAAGAGGCGAGGAGGGAGAAUUUUGAAAACUGGAAUGGUUGCUAAACCAAAGACUGAACAAACGGUUGAACAGCCCAAGGAUGCUUGGUCGCUUUAUAUGGCUGAAGUAAAAAAAUACAGAGAAGUUUGUUGUCAAGAAGAAGACAACACAAGACCGUUGGUCAAAUAGCUAAUUUUAAUUUAAUCACUUCUCAUUUAUCUAUGAUAAAUGUCAUUUCAAAA